GUGGUAUAAUUUAACAUUACACAGAUUGUGAGAGUAGGUCUUGUUUGGUACCUCCGGUGUUCAUCUUGCCCGGGUCCUCCCGUUUCUUCACUAUGUCUCUACGUGUUCUUGUUGGCUGUAAAAGGGUCAUUGAUUAUGCUGUUAAGAUUCGUGUGAGACCUGAUAAGAUGGGAGUGGUCACAGAUGGUGUUAAGCACUCUAUGAAUCCAUUUGAUGAAAUUGCCAUUGAGGAAGCAGUUCGUUUGAAGGAGAAAAAGAUUGCAAAAGAAGUGAUUGCAGUAUCAUGUGGCCCCACACAAGCACAGGAAACCAUCCGCACUGCCUUGGCCAUGGGUGCAGACCGAGGCAUCCAUGUAGAGAUCCCAGCAAAAGAGAUGGAGAAGCUUGAGCCCCUCCAUGUGUCAAAGAUCCUUGCUAAACUGGCAGAGAAGGAGGGAGCAGAACUGUUGAUUGUGGGCAAGCAAGCUAUUGAUGAUGACUCAAAUGCUACUGCCCAGAUGACAGCAGCCCUCCUCGAAUGGCCACAAGCCACCUUUGCCUCAAAGAUAGAGAAAACCGAUGGUACCCUAUUAGUAGUUCGUGAGGUUGAUGGUGGACUAGAGACAAUCAAGGUGAAACUGCCAGCUGUAGUCUCAGCUGACCUCCGGCUCAAUGAACCACGAUAUGCCACAUUGCCAAACAUCAUGAAAGCAAAGAAAAAGAAAAUUGUGAAGAUGAAACCUGCAGAUCUGGGUGUAGAUACAACUGCCCACUUUGAAGUUGUAGAAGUGUGUGACCCACCUUCAAGAGAAGCGGGUAUCAAGGUAGAAGAUGUGGAUGCUCUUGUCAGCAAGCUUAAGGAAGCAGGACGUAUCUAAUUGUCUUGCUCUUAGAAUUGAAUGGUAAAUGGGUCUUUAUGCAUGUGAGGAAAAUGCCUAUCAAUGCAAUUUUUAAUAAAUAUUUUUUUUAGAAUCUUUUUAACUUAAACAUAUAUAAUUUUAUAGGCUGUAUAUAUGAAAACAUGUAAAGAUUUUAAGAAUUCAUAAAAA